GCGCCUGCGCAGUGCCCUCGCCAGCGACUGCGCCUGCGCACUGAGGGUUGGCCGGCCGGCCGGUUCUGCCUGGUCCUGUGGGCCGGGCCGCCCCCUCGACCGCGCGGGGUUCAUCAGGCCCGGGCGCCACCCCGCACGCGCGGGAGCCGCGGAAUUAUUUCAUAAAGAAGCAGCAAUGCACCAUGGCAGCGGCCCUCAGAAUGUCCAGCACCAGCUGCAGAGGUCCAGGGUCUUCGCCAGCAGCGAAGGAGAGGAACAGCAGGCCCAUCCAAAUCCACCCCAGUCCCCCGCCACACCCUUCGCACCGUCGGCGAGCCCGUCUGCACCCCAGUCACCCGGUUACCAAGUGCAGCAGCUGGUGAACAGGAGUCCGGUGGCUGGGCAGAACGUGAGCAUCGCCCUUCAGAAUGUUGGACCGGUGGUGGGAGGAAGCCCACAGAUCACGCUCGCCCCUCUGCCGCUCCCCAGCCCCACCUCUCCAGGUUUUCAGUUCAGUGCCCAGCAGAGGCGGUUUGAGCAUGGAUCUCCGUCGUACAUCCAGGUUACCUCGCCACUGUCCCAACAGGUGCAGACUCAGAGCCCCACCCAGCCCAGCCCUGGGCCGGGGCCGGGCCUGCAGAGCGUGCGGGCGGGCGCCCCUGGCCCCGGCCUGGGCCUUUGCAGCAGCAGCCCCACCGGGGGCUUUGUGGACGCCAGCGUGCUGGUGAGGCAGAUCAGCUUGAGCCCGUCCAGUGGCGGGCACUUUGUGUUUCAGGAGGGCCCGGGCCUCGCCCAGAUGGCUCAGGGAGCCCAGGUGCAGCUGCAGCAUGCAGGGACUCCCAUCUCAGUCAGAGAACGGAGACUCUCGCAGCCCCAUGCGCAAUCUGGGGGGACCGUCCACCACCUGGGACCCCAGAGCCCUGCGGCCUCGGGUGGGGCCGGCCUGCAGCCCCUGGCCAGCCCCAGCCACAUCACCACGGCCAGCUUGCCACCCCAGAUCAGCAGCAUCAUCCAGGGGCAGCUGAUCCAGCAGCAGCAGGUGCUGCAGGGGCCGCCGCUGACCAGACCUCUGCUUCCCGGGGUCGGAGUCGGGGUUGGGGGGACUUCAGCAUUUGGGAUGACGUCCCCACCUCCCCCCACCAGCCCUUCCAGGACCACAGUGCCGCUGGGCCUCUCCAGCCUUCCUCUCACGUCUGCGGGGAGUGCGGGGGUGAGAAAGGCUCCCAAGAAGUUGGAGGAGAUCCCCCCGGCCUCCCAGGAGCUGGCUGAGAUGAGGAAGCAGUGCCUGGACUACCACUACAGAGAGAUGGAGGCGCUGAAGGAGGCCUUCAAGGAGUAUUUGAUCGAACUGUUUUUCUUGCAACACCUUCAAGGGAACAUGAUGGAUUUCUUAGCUUUUAAGAAGAAACAUUAUGCCCCGUUACAAGCUUAUCUUAGGCAGAACGAUUUGGACCCUGAGGAAGAGGAGGAGGAGCAGCAGUCUGAAGUUAUUAGUGAUGAGGAAAACCAGAUCCAUCAGCAAAUAGCAGAGUCGAGGAAAACAGGCCUGUGGUCAGUGAGGCAGCUGCCAAAACUGCAGGAGGCGCCGCGCCCCAGAUCGCACUGGGACCAUCUGCUGGGGGAAGUGCAGUGGAUGGCCACCGACUUCGCCCAGGAGAGGAGGUGGAAGGUGGCCGCUGCCAAGAAGGACUAUGGCUCAGUACCAUGAAGAGAGGAGGCGCCAUGAAGUGAGAGCCGAGAAGGAAGAACAGAACAAGUUGAGGUGAGCUGCUGCCUCGAUUGCCAGAGAAAUGGAAUAUUUCUGGUCUAAUAUUGAACAGGUAAACACUGUUUUCCUCUGCCAUUUUCUCUCAAAUUUUAACUUGGAAACUAAUGAUUUUAUGUUUUAAUUCAUGGUUUUCUUCUUUUAGGUAGUAUAAAUUAAACUGCAAAUUGAAUUUCAAGAGAAACAAAAGAAGGCACUGUUUGAAUAAACAUCCAAAAAGAGGUAACUGAUUGAGAUAUUGUGUACUUGUUCAGAAAAGCAUUCUGUGGUUUUUAUGUUAUCAGUGGCAACACACUUUCAAGGUGAGCUGUUAGAAUCCGUCUGCAUGCCUGGGCUGCGGCUCAUGAGAUGGAAGCCUUGUCAACAUUAUGAGCUAUACUUUGUAGAAGAGGACUCCAGGGUGUUUGAAGGGAGCGCUCAACUUGAAAACAGGAGUGUUGUGUGGAAGAUGAAGAGGAAACAAUUGAAGAAGCAGAAAUGGAAGAAGGAACAGAAAUGAUCAGGCGAGCUGUCCCCCUGGGCGCGGGAAGGCAUAGCAAACUCAAAAUCCUGCUUUGCUCCCCAGCUUGGGGAAUGCUACAACCCUCAUUCAUUCAUUCAUCUGUUCAUACAUUCAGCAUAAAAUGUUCCCUGAGCGCUCACCGGGUGUCCGGUCUGAUGACCGCAGCGUAUACGGCACUGCAUAGAAGAGACUCGCCUCGCCUGCUAGGGUCCAGGAGGCGUUAAGCAUCGCCUCACAGCCAGCCCACCAGCACCCCUGGGAUCUGCCACAACCUGUGACUUGAAUCGUCCCUUUCCUUCCGUCUACACUGCAUCACCCUGGGAAUCGCCAGCGCUGCACUGCUCAGAGGUUUUAGUCUCAAGACCCUUUAUACUUGUAAAUAUCACUGAGGACCCCAAGAACUUUUGUUUGUGUCGUGUUCCCCAUACCAGAACGUAAAACUGACAAAUUAAUAAUCAUUUACUAAUUUGCUAAAAUAAUAGUGUACCAAUUACAUGUUAACAUACAUAAAUUUUUAUGAAAAAUAACUAUUCUUUCAAAAAAGUUAGUGAGAAGAGUGGCGUUGUUUUACAUUUCUGCAAACCUCGUUGAUGCCCGCCUUAACUGAAGGCAGGUGGGUCCUCAUCCCUGCUUCUUUCUGUCCAGUCUGUUCUGUGCAUCCUUUAGCUGUCUGUGAAGAGAGUCUGCCCUCUCACAGAUGUGUAGCUGGGAAGGGGGAAGCUAUUUUAAUAACUUUUUUGUAUAAUUGAGGAAAAUCCCUUUUUUGAUUCUAUUACCAAAACUUGACAAGUGAUAGAUUCUUGUUUUUAAUAUAACAGUUUUGUUGUGAUAUAAUUCACAUACCAUAAAAUUCAUCCUUUUAAAGUAUACUGUUCAGUGAUUUCUAGUAUUCUCAGACUUGUACAUCCAUCACAAUUAUCAAAUUCUGGAACAUUCUCAUCACUCCCAAAAGAAACCCCAAACCCAUUACCAGUCACUUCUCAUCCCCCCAACCCCCAGUCCCUGGAAACCACUAUUCUGCUUUCUGUCUCUGUGGAUUUGCCUAUUCUGGAUAGUUCAUAUAAAUCUAGUCAUACGAUAUGUGGUCUCUUGGGUCUGUCUUAGCGUCAUGUUGUCAGGGUUCGUCCAUGUUGUAGUGUGUGUAGCACUUCAUUCCUUUCUGUGACUGAAUGGUGGUCCGUUGUACGGAUUUGCCACAUUUUGUCUAUCCAUUCAUCAGUUGAUACACAUUUGGUUUUUUCCACCUUUUGUCUGUUAUGAAUCAUGCUGCUGUGAACAUUCAUGUACAAAUUUUUGUGUGGACGUUUUUUCGGUUCUCUUGGGCACAUACCUAGGAGUGGAAUUCCUGGGUCCUGUGUUAACUCUCUGUUUAGCUUUCUGAGGGGCUGCUGCACUGUUUUCGAAAGUAGCUGCACCCUUUGUAUUCUCACCAGCCUUGCAGGAGAGUUACAAUUUCUCCGCAUCCUCUCCCAUGCACGUUAUUGUAUGUUUUUUUCAUAUAUAGUCAUCCUGUGCAUUUGAAGACCACCCCCACUGCAGACACUAGCCACGAGUUAGGGGUUCCCAGACCCUAGCCUUCUGACCAGCUAGCUACAAAUUCUGGGGUUCUCACUACCCAUUCAAGUUUGACAGUUCGCUAGAGUGACUCACAGAGCUCAGGAAAGCUCUGUCCGUACGAUUACAGUUUUAUUAGAGCGAAAGGGUACGAAUGAGACCAGCCAAAGGGAGAGAUGCAUGAGGCCAGCUCCAAGAGGGGCCCAGACGUGAAGCUUUGUCUUCCUCAGGGACGCAUCCCCCUCCCAGCACGUCAACAUGUGACAGUCAGAGUGUUGCCAGCAGGGAUGCUCACCUGAGCUUUGGCAUCCAGAGUUUUUACCGGGGUUUUGUGACCAGGGCACAAUUGAUUGAAUCAUUGCCCAUGUCACGCAGUCUCUGCCCCUCCUCUCCCCAGAGGUUGGGCUGGUAUCAAACCUGCCCAUCUUUCUGCAUAGCCAGCCCCCACCCUGAGGCAUCUCACUGGCAUAAACUAGCAGGUGUGGUCUGGGGGCCCACCGUGAAUAAUACUCUCCCAUCACUCAGGAAGUUCCGGGGGCGUGAAGGGACCUCCCAGGACAGCACAGCGGCCGGGCAAGGGCUUUACUCUGCAGGUGGAUUCUUGAAGGUCAGUUCCAGCGUGGACUCUGAACCCAGGCCAGUCAGUGUUUGUUCUCUGUUACAUUAAAAUCCACUCUGUCUUACUUCAUACCACUGAACUCUAUGCCUAAAAAGGGUCACGAUGGUAAAUUUUAUCUUCUGUGUAUUUUAACACAAUAAAAAAAUUGAAAAAAAA